AUGUCUCAACAAGGGCCUUCUAGGCCUUUUCGCCCUAUCGCUCCAAGAACUUUGUUAGAUACGCCAACAGCGGGACCUGUCGCUGAGGAAAGUAAGGUACGGAGAGCAUCAACAGCUUGCACAGAGUGUCAACGACGUCGGACCAAGUGUAGUGCAAACUCGACCGGUGCCCCAUGUUCCGAAUGCGCCCUCCACGGCCGAGAUUGCAUCAUCGACGAGUACGCCGACAAACGUCGUAAGGUUGCGCGAGAUCGCGUCCAGGAGGAGUUAGCGUACUAUCGCCAAUUUGUGCAGCAGCUGCUGGCAGCCAUUCGGCACGGCAAGCGCACAGACGUCGACGCCAUUAUCAAUGUCAUCCGGUCGGGAGCCUCACUCGAGAAGAUACACUUGAUCGUCGCCCAAUCACUGAGUCAUACAAACGAGGCCGAUGGCCAUGAGAUUACAGUCCCCGUUCGGACGAAAGAACCAGACGGCGUAUCUGGGAACUCGUCUCCCGUUGUGAAAGAGCCGGAUGGCGUAUCUGCGGAAGCGUCUCCCGAUGGUGGGCUGAGUGCGAUCCUGAAUAAAGAUGCAUGA